UCAAGACCAACACCCCAGUAUUCCCCAGGGAACCAUCGCCUUCAACCCAGCCUGUGACCCGGAGAAGUCAAGCAAGAAACUCCGGAAGGCCAUGAAAGGCAUUGGAACUGACGCUAGGGUCAUCAUACAGGAGCUGACCACCCAUCAAAACAUACAGCGUCAGGAGAUCGUUGAGAAAUACAAGGACCUGUAUGGACGGGACCUGAGGAAAGACCUGAUGGACGAGUUGGGAGGGACCUUUGAGGAAGCGGUAUUAGCUCUUCUGGACAGCCCUAACGACCUGUUGGUAAAUGCCCUUAACAAAGCCUUGAAGGGCCAUGGAACAGAUGAAAAGACUCUCAUAGACAUUCUAUGUUGCCUCACUCCGGACGAGUUAGAGUCACUCAGAGAUCAUUACAGAAGAAACUUCAACACCGACCUGGACGACGACCUGCAGAACGACCUGUCAGGGGACUUCAAGAUGUUGAUGUGUAGUCUUGUAGCUGCUGGCAGGAACGAGGACCAGACUGUGGACCCGGCCACUGCAGCCACUGACGCCCAGACACUGUACGAUGCUGGGGUUGGCAAGAACAGUGAGACAGAUGAGGAAGAAUUUAUCAGACUCUUCAACAACCGCAGCUUCCCACAGCUAAAGGAAACCUUUGAAGAAUACCAGAAGCUCUCUGGGUCGCCCAUAGAGGAUGCUGUCAGUCAGGAGUUCUCAGGGGACAUCAAGACAGGAUUACUGGCUAUUGUGCAGAGAGUUAAGGAUCCUCUUGGCUUCUUCUGUGAGCGACUUAACACCACCAUGGAAGGUCCUGGUACUGAUGAUACCACUCUUAUACGACUCCUGGUAUCACGCUCUGAGCUGGCGCAACUGGUCGGUGUUAGUCGCAGGAUGUCUGUCAAAGGUGACGACUAG